CACGCACGCACGUGCACACGCACGAAACCUGCGCGCAGAUUUCAGCUGAGUUGCAUUGGCUUUGCAAGUGCCUUGGGCGUUGAUCGUGCUAGUAAAGACUACUUAUUGACAGCCAAGUGUGAGAGAACGCAACAGAAACGGGGCACUUUUUUUAAUCUAAUUUGCGUGUAAACUGAAGGCAUGAACCAUCCCAAAUGGUUUUAGGAGAUACUUUUAUUACUUUUUCUCCUCAUAAAACUUGCCAGACUCAACAGGCAGUUGCAGAAAGUGAGUUGAUGCCAUAAGAGGCUCGAUCGUCUUCAGCCACAGUCUUCUGCGUCUCCGCUCAGCAUGAACGGAACGUUUUUCAACCACACGGUGUUUACGCACGGCGUUCUGCUCAACCGCAGUCAGGAGCUCGCGGGGACUCUCGUUGACUGCUGCACGGGUAACGGGAGCGAGGUGACCGCAAACGACGGCGGCGGGUCUUUAGUUCUCGCUCACGACGAGCGCAAGCUGUUCGUUACGCGCGUGGUGCAGAUCGCGGUGUUGUGCGUUCUUUCACUCACGGUGAUGUUCGGGAUCUUCUUUCUCGGGUGCAACCUCAUGAUCAAGUCCGAAAGUAUGAUUAACUUCCUUGUCAAGGACCGGAGACCAUCCAAAGACGUCGAGGCGGUGAUGAUCGGACUGAGUUAGCCACGAGUGUCACCUGUAACCGGCCUGCAAUUAGCCUAUCCUCAGAUUGGGAGGCAGGAAGAUAUGCAACUUUUACAUUCACUCCCUUUGUG